AUGUGGCGUAAGGAUUUGUUUAUCAUUUUUGUCGCUGUAACAGGGAAAUACAUAGAGUGUGCGACACUAUGCGGAAAUAAUCACUUUGGCGCAAACAACCCUGGCGGUAAAAACAAAGAGCUUGAUUCCAAUUCAGAUUUUGGAUAUCUGAUGAGCGAUUCGAACAACAUUGUUGACUGUUGUGGAAUAGUAGACAGAUGGCAAGCAAAUUUUGGUGGCGUAUCUGGGUCUCGAACAAUCUUCUUCCAGGUGUGGCGACUCACCUCCGGCUCUACUUAUGAACUUGUUGGCCAGAAUUCUAAGACCGUCACGGCAGACGGUGAGCAAGAGGAGAACGUUGCCCAAGCAGACCGAAUAACAGUAAAGUCUGGUGACAAAUGGGGCUGGUGGUCGCAAGGUAGCGAUAUCAUCAAGUACAAAAAUGGUGGAGAUCAGGAUGACGAUAAUUGGCUGCUGCAACUGAGUUCACAUUCUGUCGGCGACACACAAAACUGGGGCAGUCACUCUGACCAAGACGAACGUUCCUAUGGAAUAAGGAUGGACGUUCUACCGAACAAUGCUCCACACUUCACGAACUUACCUGACACGGCCUCCAUCACUGCUUCAACAGCUUCCGGUACUUCAAUUUUUGAUGUUAGCAUUGACGAUAUUGACACGGACGAUGUGAGUACAUUGAGCGUAUCUAUGACAGCGAACUCGGACUACAGUUUUGAUCCGUCAACGUAUGAGGUAACCACGGCAAAUACUUUCAUCACCUCCACUGUUGACAUACUAGAGUUUAAGGUAUCCGACCAGUGUGACAACACGGCAACAGCAACACUGACCAUCUCUAUCACUAACCAGCCACCAGUUAUUACCAGUCUUCCAGCAGCUGAGUUUGUGAGCGAGGACGAGACAGCUUUGACACCACUACACAUGUUGAAUGUGACAGAUCCAGAGGGCAGCACCGCCACGUGUUCGCUAGCUAGCUCUUCGCCAUCUUCUACCUCCUUCUCAGUAGCAGGGAAUAUUAUUUACAGCAACGCCAAUCCUGGCUUCGACUUUUCCACAGUUAGUUUAUAUACACUAACAAUAGACUGUACAGACGGGGAGUACACAGACACCGGUACAUUUACAGUGAACAUUAUACAAAAUGAUCCACCAGUUUUCCUUAACCUACAAAAUUCUACAAGUGUUUCAACAGAAGACACCCUCGGGACCAAUGCAUUUACUGUUCUUGUCAAUGACACAGACGAUCUUACAUUUUCCAUGAUGUGCGAUCCUACUCCGUGCCCAUUCCAAAUAUUUGAUUCUGGACAAAUACAGAUAUCAGACUACAUAGAUCAUUCAACGGUUGGCUACGAUUUGUCUAUAACUGUUAGUGAUGGAAGAAACACAGUUGGCCCUAAAAUUUUGACAAUAACUGUAUCAGAUAUCAAUGACCCAGUCAGUAUUUCAAAUCUUCCUUUGACUAUAUCUGUAAUCGAGAAUACGGCAGUCGGAACAACUGUAUACACCGUUUCCUAUAGCGACUUGGACACCUCUCAGACAUACACAAUUUCAAUGACGUCAUCGCCAACUUCUGGACUUACCUAUUUCAGCAUAGAUUCCACAAGUGGUGAAGUAACUUCUACAGGUGCGCUUAAUUUCGAGACUCUGGCUUCUUUAGGGACAACAACAUUUGUCUUUGAUGUCACAGUUGCUGAUCCUGUUACAUCGGAUACUGAAAGUCUAACGGUUGAAAUAGUAAAUGAAAACGAGGCGCCAUCCUUCAGUCAGUCAAGUUAUACCAUAUCAACAACAGAGGGAACAUCAGGAACAGUUAUUGGAACACCAUCAUUUAGUGUUACGGAUCCAGAUUCGGGAGAUACAGCGACCUUAACCUUUGACUGUGGAUCAGACACAGGUUACUUUUUAAUGGACUCUUCAUCCGGGCAAGUGAGUUUUCAGUCAGAUUAUGACUUAGACGCCUCUUCCGCACCGCCGACAACGGUCACGUGCACAGUGACGGUUACAGACAGCGGAGGACUUACUGAUACAUGCACACUUACUAUUACCAUAGCUGACGAUAACGACAAUUCACCAAUAUUCUCGCCGGCAACAUAUAGCUUUCAUAUUAGUUACUACGCUGUUGUCGGGACAUCAGUUGGUACAAUUACUGCCACGGACGCCGACAUUGGCGCUUACGGGGUCAUUACAUACACUUUAGACCAGAGCAGUUUAUCAGCAGAACAGUUUGCAGUUAGUAAUACUGGUGAAAUAACGGUACUGCAGACACCACAGGGCAGUGCGGUAGGAUACGCUACGUCAGUUACGUUGACGGCGACGGCGUCAGAUGUAGGAGCACAGUCGGACACGGCAACUGUUGUCAUCGUUAUUUCAGACACGACCACAAUAAGUACGACAACAACUACAGACAGAUAUCGUACCUUCUUGGAAGACUCGAGGAAUAUUGCUUGGCUCUCAGCUUGUAUUGUCGUACUGCUUGUCAGUCUUGGUGUUCUAACUUAUGUAAUAUUCACGUGUCAUGGUGAAAAUGGUUGUGCACAGUUUCGCAGGACUUGCUGCAGGAGAAAAAAGAAAGGAUUAAAUCACCGGAAGCCGAGGAGAAGGAACUAUUCAAUUGAUUCAUACACAGAAGACAGAACGCCGGAUAGGCGUAACAGACGUUCAAAUAGUCCGACAUUUGUGAGCUUUAGACGGCAUCCAGGACCUGUAGAGCUGCAAGGCUGGAGAAGAACUGUGGUUUGAUGUUGGCGACGAAAGUUCUACAAGUUAUUGUUUAUUAUUUGCCCAUUGACUGAUUCACUAAUUGUCUUAGAAGAGUUUUACCAAAUGCCACUAUAGAGUCUCUAUGUGCAAGCAGUCCUAAUAUUCACUCGCCGAAUGUAAAACAGUGUUGUACAACGAGUACAGUUGUGGUGUUCGAGCAGAUGAAAAUAAUGCUUUACUGGCCUUCUAAAUGAUAUUUUCACGAACAUUGAUUUCAUCUGUCUCUGUUGAUUGCAUUGUGUUUCUCAUACCAUUCACUUCUAGCAUAGAAUACAUCAAAGGGGUUUAUCUUUCAAUUCAAUUGAUUUUCAAACUCAACUCGUAGUACUGACAUAUAUAAUAGGAUUGAUGAAUUAGAUCACAGAUGAUUGUUUGACAUGUUGAUUGAAAUAAGGGUUAAAAUAUUUUUAUAACUAGUGAAAUGUAGGGAAAAAGAACUUCGUAACUUUUAUUUCCUCUUAUUUAAUUAUUAUGUAUUCAAACUAGUCUCAUGGCAGUAAAUAGUUGACGCAUUAUGUAAACAUAAUCUAUAAGAUAUUUGCGAAUGCCGAUUGAAAUAUAAAUAAUUAAAUAUAUAAAUAUUUAUUUGUAACAAUAGAAUUAUUAUUUAGUUUGUUUACCUUGUUGACGUUAAUCAUCAAGCAAUUCAAAUACUUUUCCGAAUAUUUACGGCCGUUUUAAGUCGU